AUGGCCUCUCUCCGCGGGCAUCUCGAGCGUGGCGGGGUAACGGCGGCCGCGCAGUAUCUGCCAUUCUGCCUCGCUGUCUUCCAUUCCACGCACCAGCGGCAUAUCGCCCGGCGCCGCGUCCUGUUGCACCACCAGCCGCCACAGCGCUGGACGAUGGCGACAGCGGCAGCAGCGGUGCGCCUCCGGCAUGGACGCCUCUUGGGCGAGGGGCCUGCCGAGCAUGAAGUCAUCCUCUCUCGCCUCGAUGCCUGCUUCGGUGCCAGCGUGGCUCGCCGGCAAAUCAUGGCGCGCACACGAGGGGCACUGCGAUUCCUUCAAAAUGGCGACUCCAUCGACACGGAUCGCCGAUAG